AUGGAAACAAACUCGGAGACAGAUGGAUCUGCUCCGGGAACAAAGCAAAGCCUCGUGGAGAGUCUCUCGGCGUUUGAUGAUGAAAAAGCAGGCAGCUUCUACCAAUUACUUCUAGCUGUUAUGAGUUUAUGUGAAGGAAUAUGGUCGAUUCCUCUUUUGAAACCAAAGCCUUCAGAUCCUAAAGCAGAAUUUGACAGUAUAUUGAACAUGGCAAAGCAUCUUCUAAGUGACACUAAGCAUCUAUACAACAACUUUAAAAGCAAGUAUCCUUAUGAAGGCGAGCACAAGUUAGAAAGUUUACCUGUACUCUCUAUAAAUGCUGCAGAAUUGUCUACAAUUCAGAUUCCAGCUGGUUUAACAAAACUCAGUUCAGAACUGUUUAUAUAUCAAAAGCACUUUGAUUGGCUUAAAAAAGCUGCUCAUGUUGUCCGUCCCUUGGAUCACGAAUUUACCAGCAUUCAUAAUCGUAUUGACAAGCUGGUAAAAAAAAUUGACUUCCUGAUGACAAAGAUGAACAUAGCACGUGUAAGUGAUCCCCCUUUGCCACAGCUUCCUAACACAACCACCCAGUGGGGUGUAGUGCAAACCGGCCAUGCUAUUUUCCAUCACUUUCACCUCUUCUUGGAUUACACUACACGACUUGUAGUUCUGAUGAGAAAUAAGUUGUAGAAUGGGCUCUCAGCUUAUCAUCUGCUCCAGAAAUGGAAUG